AUGCGUGACUCGCGGCUGUUUCAGACAGCACAAAACGAACAUUUAAACGAGAGGUCGCGUUUAACAAAGAAACAAACAACGCGUCAAAAAAAAGAGAGCGCACACGCGCACACUUUUUAUUUGAAUAGGAUGUUCCUCUCCUCCUCUUCUCCGUCCUCUUUCUUCUCCUCCUUCUUCGUUAUCGCGUUGAUCGUGCUGUUCUCCUUCGUUCUAACACCGAUCAGCGCAGAAGUGAUAUCAGAAAUCGCGUGCGAGACCAACACCGUCGCGUUACAUUGUGGCACAAAGCUGAUUAAAAUUAUACGCGCAAACUAUGGAAGAACGGAUUCUGAGACGUGUCCAAUGGAAGGAAACGCUGGUGCAAGCAAAAACACCGCGUGUCUCUCCACUUCGACGUUCGAUGAUGUGAAAGAUUCGUGUCAUGGCACUCAAUCGUGCGAGAUGACUGCGUCCAAUAGUAAUUUCGGUGAAACGUGUGCAGGAACCGCGAAAUAUCUCAAUGUUACGUACGAGUGCGUUCCAGAUUGGCCUAUUGUAUUGUCCAAAGAUGGAACAGUUGGCGUGAUCAACGGUGUUGGUGAAGUACACGUUUCGGCGUCGGAAAUGAAAGUGUACGGGAACAUGAACGUUUCCGAGGGUGAUAUUAAUAUUGGAGGAUACGGUUUAUCACGUUUCAACUCGAGAAUAGAAGAUAUCGAAAACGCGACGGCGACACUUUUGCAACUGCAAACGCAAUUGGAAAAUAACACCAAAACACCUCCGUAUUGCAUGCCUCCUGGUGCAGACGGUUUACAACAUAACGGGACGGAUUGGAUUUGUGGCUGUAAGGAAAACUGGUCCGGGACGUCCUGCGAGACGGAUGCUUUAGCCUUCGACGGCGGCGACAAGGACAACUAUCUUCUUCUCGGUGAGUGUGAAGUUAUCGAGACGUUCAUACCAAGGGAGGCAGCGUUUAUGGGGUUGUCGAUGGCAUCGGAAUAUCAGGGUGCGACAACGACGGUUUUCGACACAAGCAAAAGCGAGCAGCAAACUGAGAAUUCGCGCACGUACAUUGCCGCGUUUCAAUCGGUCGAUGACUGGUGUAAAAUGGUGCAAUUUGAAAUUAAAAAAGAUUCGAAAGAGUGCUAUUAUAAACCGCUCGCAGCGGGAUAUUACAGAUCUUACGAUGGGAGUGAGUCGACGUGCACGAUAGGUAACGUAGCAACGGGAUGGUUGUCUAGAAAUUAUAACGAUCUGGCCACGGCGAGAAACGAGAACGGCUACGGAAUUGAAACGAUAUCUUUCACGCACCCGUCGCCGCCGACGCCACCGACGCCGCCCCCGCCAGUAUCCAAUAGCCCACCCAUAGGAGACUGUACGAGUGGAUUUAGUGAAGUAUUUGCAAGUGACGGCGGUACGGCGUUGUGCAUGUACGCUUAUGGUUCGAGCUCACUCUGCGCUACGAAUGGCGCUGGUGAGAAUGAUGAAGUCUGUGCAAAGACGUAUACCAGUGGCGAUUUUCGUUAUUCCCAUAGUUGUCGCGUAAAUGGGGCGUGGGACGAAGUAUGCAUCGCGAAUCUGUGCCUUAGUUCAGAGCUUUGCACGGGCUACCAAAAGGAUGUUACUGGCACAACUUAUUGGUUACAGGGUGGAAGCGGGUCACAGGCAUCAUACUCAAAUUCGGACUAUAAGUGUUGUCGAAAGAACUUGCCUGGUUAA